GAGAUACGAUAUUAUUAACUACCUAUGUAAGUAUGUAUAUCGAGAAAUAAUAUGCGAAAAAGAAACAAAACGAUAAAAAAAGAAAAAAUAAAAUAAUAAUAAACAAGAAAAAAAUAAAAGAAAAUGGGUAGAGUUACCUCGCACACAAGCAUCCAUCAUCAUUUGAAAUUUGGCUUCUCUCGCUUCAAUUCGAUGAUAUUAUUAUUAUUAUUAUAAAAAACUAAAAUAUAAAAAGGAUUAAAAUUAUUCAAACGUUUUAAGAGAUUAGGAAUUUGAAAGAAAAAGGAAAAGUAAAAAAAAAAAAAAAGGAAAGGAGAAAAUUAAAGAUUGAAAUAAAAACCGCAGCCUCCCUUCCACCAUCAUCACCAUCACCGUCGUCACCACCACCACCACCACCACCACCACCACCACCACCACCACCAUCAUAUCGAAGCCAUAUAAUUUUUAGAAGUAAUAAACGAGAUAUAUUAUUGAUUACGAUUAAACGAAGCGACUCAUCUUUCUCCAAUUUAUUUCAUUGCUUCUCCUGCAAUAACCAGAGCCCCUCUUCUCCGCCCAACCCCCGACACCCUCUGCUACUGGCAAGAUUAUGCGGUGUCUUUUUUGCGUAAAUUCGAACGAAAGGAUAAUAAAGAGUAUCACAAACGCAGUUAGAUAUAAAAACACUAAUCACUUAUUUUUUUCUACUUCUUUGAUAAUACAAUUUUUUUCUUUUUUCCACCCCCGUCCACCCAGCCCCACCUCUUUUAAAUUUCCCGCCAAGCGAAGAAUCCCGAUCAUUCGUCGCUCCUCCAUAUUCUUUUUAUCUUUACAUUUAUACGACGAGAGAGAGAGAGAGAGAGAGAGAGAGAAAAAAGUGAGGUUAUAGGGGGUUAAGGGAAGGGAACAGGGGACACAUUCCCGUUCGUCUCGUUUAAUAUGAUUAAUUGAUGAUUUUGCCGUUGUGCAUCAGUAAAGAAAAAAUAUCUCCCCCUUGUCCUUACCUCACCUUGUCCUUUCCACUACCUAACCUCAUCCCGUCUCGUCCCUUCGUUCAACGCGGAAAUCUAAUUUACAUUUUGAUAGAACGAUUGCACUUGCCUCGGCACAUUGGCAAAGUCCUUUUCUCUCAUUGGAUGGUAAGACAACUUACCUGACGGCUUCUCCUCUAUCGGUAUUAUCACGGAAGCACACUGACAAACGGAUCAACCCGUGGCUAGUGUAUAUCUACUUAUAUUUAUACUCAACUACCAGAAAAGAAACAGCGGCAGUAUAUGAUAUGGUCGAUGCUAAUUUAAUCUGUCAAUCAAAUAUUUUAUAACUUGAAAGCAUAUUUGUAUUUACAUCCUAUGUAUUUACGUAUGCGUGCAUAUAUAUAUAUAUAUAUAUUCGCAAUCUUUCAAGAUAUACUCGUAUUUUACUUUUCAUUCCGAACCUGAUUUAUAUAUUAAUGUGUUAAUGUAUGUCCGAAAAUGAUAUCGAAUAUUCUUACGACUAAUUUCAUAGCGAUUAACGUUAACCAAUAAUAUCCUUAUUUCAACGAUUAAUCGUUAUUAUUGUUUUUCGUAAAAACAACGAAGCGUUCAAAGCUAUUCAAUUAAAUUACGAUCGAUGAAUCAUAAAAAGAUAAAGAAAAGGAAAGAAAAGAAAUAAAAGAAAAAUUUUCCUCUUGAAAUGUGAAUUAAGGAAAACAUAACCUAAGACGAUUCAAUUGAUAUAUGAAUACGUUUACAUUUAUGGGACAAUGAUUGCGUUAGUUUUAUUUUAAACGAUACUGAUUAUAUAUAUAUAUGUGUGUGUGUGUAUGUGUGUGUGUGUAUGUGUAAAAGAUAUAAUUUGUAAGAAAGUGCCUAAAGAUGGUAUUGAAUUUUAUUUAUCAACCGAGUUAGUUACCUUACUCUUCAAUUAUGUAGAAAUCUUUUUUAACGACGCUCGAUAAAACAAUUGUAAUUGAAGUGUAUAGUUUCUGUUAUACUCUGAUAAAGUUUAAUCGCUUAAUAAUUCGAUCAAGCACAACGUCCCUAUAACGUCCAAUGGUAUAAAUAAUUAUAGAAAUAAUUUUGAAGUAAUUUCAUUGAAGAGUACUUAAAUAAUUAUGGCAAGAUAUUCGAGUGAUUCAGAUUCAGAUUAUAGCAGCAGAUACAGAAGAAAACAUAGCAGGAAAUCUAGAUCCACCAGUUCGGACACUAGUGAAUCUUCACCAUACCGUAAGAGAUCAUCUAAACAUUCAAAAUCAAAAAGACGACAUCGUUCACACUCCAGAAGCAGAGGUAGAGAUAGAAAUUCGAAAAACUACAAAGGUGGCAGAAGCAAUUCGGGUGAUAGAGAAAAACGUCGCUAUCGUUCUCGUACACGUAGAUCGCAUUCUUCUGAUCGUAGCAAAAGGAAAAUGAGAUCUACUUCUAGAGACAAAUCUAGAAGUCGUUCUAGCAGUUCGCAGUCUACCAUUAAACCUAUACUUGAGAAAUCUAAUAAUCCCAUAACUAAAGAUGACUUUUUAAUUGAACCACGUAUCAAGGAAAGUGUACUAGAAGAAAUAAAUUCUGAAGGAUUUACUCCUAAACAAUUUACUUCGUCUUCUCAUACGAAAGAAAGUAAAUUUAAAAACAUUGUCAUUGAUAUUAGUGCUGAUACUAUUCAAAUUCCUACGGUAGCCGAUAUAAGCACUGUACCAGAAAGUAUAUUCCAUCCUUCGAUUAUGCUCGAUCAAGAUGCUCGUUUUGAUAAAUGGGUUAAGAAACUUUAUACGCUUAGGCAAAAAGCAAUAGUUGAUAUGACACACGGUAAUUCUACUUGACGUUUAGUUGAUUUAGAUAUAUGAUACUUUACAUUUUGUAAAUAAACGAAUAUGUCAUUCAUUAUAUUAAAAUAUUCCUAUUAACUA